AUAAUAAAAUUUAUCGAAUCUCAUCUUGAUCACAGACAAUAAUUCUUCCAAAUGGCAAAUCUAUACAUUAAUCAGGCGAAACACUACGCCGUGGGUCGCCCCGGUUACCCCAAGCAGCUCUUUCAGUACAUUGCCUCCAAGACACCUUCUCAUGAUCUUGCUUGGGAUGUCGGCACUGGCACCGGCCAGGCUGCCCGAUCUUUGGCUGAAUUAUACAAGAAUGUUGUAGCCACAGAUACCAGCCCAACACAACUGGAGCACGCAACUAAGCUCCCCAAUAUACGGUACCAACACACCCCUCCGACAAUGUCUUUGGAAGAGCUCCAACAGAAGGUGGUGGCAACAGAAUCGAGUGUGGAUCUGGUGACGGUGGCCACAGCCAUGCACUGGUUCGACCUCCCCAAAUUCUACGAACAGGUUGUGAAUCUAUAACAGAUGUUAAUGUGAAAGAAAGAGAAACUAUAUAGACCAAUGGUAAAAGAAUGUGUAAGAGGAAUUUAAACAAACGGGUGGUGGGCAUAAGCCAAAUAUCAACCAACAAUCAGAAAAUCGCGUGCAAACAAGAUAUCAAGCAAAUAGUAACUAAUCUCUGCGAAUAAUUGUAACAGGUGAGGUGGGUGUUGAAGAAACCCGACGGAGUGAUCGCCGCCUGGUGCUACUGCCUGCCGGAAGUCAACGAGGCCGUCGACGCCGUCCUGCUACGAUUCGACAAUAACCUUGACUGGGAUCCGGAGCGGAAAUUGGUGGAUGAGAAGUACACGACGAUCGAUUUCCCUUUCGAGCCGGUGGAGGGAGAGUCGGACACGGGCCCGUUUGAUCAGUUCGCAAUAGAGAGGAUGAUGAGUUUUGAUGAGUACUUAAUGCUCCCGAGGACGUGGUCCGCGUAUCAGAAGGCGAAGGAGAAGGGCGUUGAGCUUCUCGGCGCUGAUGUGGUGGAGGAUUUCCGGCGGGCUUGGAAUGUUAACGGCGACGGUCAGAAAUUGGUCAGAUUUCCGAUUUAUUUAAGGAUCGGGAGAGUAGGUGUCACGCCCCAACCUAGGGGU